AGCAAGGCAGAGUGAGAAGAGACGUACAGUAACAGACAGACUGACAGGCUCCUUUGGUUGCUGAAUUGAGUGGAAAUGCAUUUUCCCUGGUAAUUGCUGGAUAUCUGAGUAUCUCAUCUAACAUGAAGGUGCUGGGGAUUUUUCUGUUGCUGGAAGUUUCAGGCUUCUUCUCCAUUUUUUCCAGCCCUUCUCCUCCAGUCCAUUGCCGCUGGAAUUCCUUUGGCCCUUGGUCCGAGUGUGAUGGCUGUACUCAAAAACAGAUUCGGAGACGGACAGUAGCGGUUUAUGGCCAGUAUGGGGGAAACCCCUGCUUUGGGGAUGCCUUUGAAACAAGACUGUGCACCUCCACAAGAGGAUGCCCAACAGAGGAUGGCUGUGGUGAUCGGUUCAGGUGUUUCUCAGGUCAGUGCAUUAGCAGAUCUCUUGUGUGCAAUGGAGAUCAGGAUUGUGAGGAAGAUGGUGCAGAUGAAGAUCAAUGUGAAGAGAAGAGGACUGUAUGUCAUAUUGAUAAAACACCUCCAAAUUCAGAACUUACAGGAACAGGCUUUGAUGCCAUCACUGGUGAGACUCGGGGAAGAGUCAUUCAUACAAAAAGUUUUGGAGGACAAUGCAGAAAAGUCUUUAGUGGUGAUGAGAGGGAAUACUACAGGCUGAGUGAAAGCGUUCUUGCUUAUACUUUCCAGGUUAAAAUUCAGAAUGAUUUCAGCUAUGAGUUUUUCAACAGCAGCUGGUCUUACAUGAAACACACAGAGAGGUAUGAGAAAUCAAACAGUGGACACAGUUAUUCACAGAAUAAAAUUCUGCAACACAGCCAAAAG